AUGUCCUCAACCGGGAUAAAUUUGGACUGGUCAACCGGUAUGGCCACUCAGCCGGAUGACACCCCUUCCUGGCUCUUCACCAGGACUUUGGUCAUGGAUGGUAAUUUUAAAGCCGAGCACCUCCAUCCGGUGAAUCCAUCCGAUGAAGUAUCAUUGAUUGAUGGUCUUGCAUUCAUGGUCGGAGAUGAAAGAUACAAGAGUCAUUUGGCUGUUGCCCAAGACCGUGUCCAAAAGUCAGAUUGUAACAAUCACCAUGCAGUCAAUCAAGCCAAUGCCUCCCGACAAAAGCUAGAGGCCACAGGUAUAGGAGGAUGUGCAUGUGCACGGCAUGGAUGUUUUGUCCCACAUUCCAUGGUGGAUUUUCAGAAGGGUGAAAGGCAGAUGAACAUGGACUAUGCCUUGAGUCAAGCACUCAACUACAAUACAGAUGGAAUCUCACAAGCAAUAAUGUUCUAUGAUAUAAAUUGUCAGUAUAAUAAGUUUCUCAAGGACCGGAUCGCAUCAAGCAUGUAUCUGUCCAUCCCCAUUGGCAUGGAUAUCAUUCCUGGAAUAGGUUUGUGGCAUGUGCAUGGCCAUCAGGACAGCUGCUAUGUCCGGAUAGACGGAGAGAUCAUGGAAACACUCUGGGCAUCUUUAAACAUAAUCUCCCCGUCAGCCAGGGACAUGGGAACUCCUCAUCGCAAGGAGGUAUUGGAUUAUCAGAUGAAUGAUUCAAACUUCAUGAAAAUGAUUCACAUAACCAAGUUUCUUUGCAGAAAGUUUAAAGAGGCUGUUCAGGGUGCUGCAGAGAGCACACUCUCAUUCCAAAAUCUUAACGAGACAGUUCAGCCUGCCAUGGUCAUUCUUUGGGAAGCAGAGGAGGCUGUUGCUCAGGCAAACAGACUGGAGGAUCCAACAGCCAUGGACAUUUAUGAGGUCCGGUUGGAAAAAGGCAAGUCUCCAACUAGAAAGCAGCAGGAGUUGCGCCUGCUGGAGGCUCAAAAUCGCCCGGAUCAUCCAGCUACCAAUUCCCCUAGUCGGCGAGGAGCAGCCACUUGGCUCGCAACUGUUGAUGGCAAUGAACAGGAUUCUCCGGUAGACACGGUUCAUAAUUCACCGGAUGAAGAUUAUUCCGAUCUUGAUGACGAUCACAAUCCGGAUCCGGAUCUGGAAACACAUCAUGCCUCCAUCUUUCAACCUGAGCUCACUAUCUUACCUUUGCCUUCCAACCUCAGUAUAGUGAGAUGCAAUGAAUUGGGUCUCAUCGAUCUCAUGAAAGAAGAAACUGCCCUUCGUGAAGGUCAGGCCAAUGACGCCCUUCAUGCAAUUAGAGUUCAUUUGGGAGAUAAAGCUGUUAUAUUCCGGAAUACUAUCCGGUCAGCCAAGUCACAAGCCUCCUCCACCAGGGCAUGGACUCAGCUAGCCAAACUCCCUGAUCACGACCUCCUGAAGAAAUAUCUUCCGCUAAAGAAAGAACACCUGAAGGCAAACGCUGCAGUUGCAGAUCCAAAUGCACGUGGUCAGAGGGACGCUACUCUUGCAUGGUUCUGGUCAAUCAAUGUUCAGGGUGAUACAUCCGGAAAUGACUGGAUGACAGAAUUCUAUCGAGUCAAUUGGCUCUGGACAAAGGCCCUGUGCGAUCGUUGGAAUGAAGAGGUCAUUCUUGUCAAACAUGAAAUGCAGUGGUCUGUCAAUUUCUUUACCUACAAGGCCAAGCAAUGGCUAAGUCUCAUGGACAAUGCCACUUACACUGGGCUAACCGGACAUGCGUGUUAUGCUGCCCGACAAUGUCACAUAUAUCGACAACUAGCUGCACAUGCAGCGGAGUCUUUUCAGAAAGUGAUUCCGGUCAUUCAGCCGGAAGUACCGGUUGUUAGUUCAUAG